AAAGAGCAAACGUUGUUUGUUGGUGUGUUAGGCACCACGGAGGCAUAUCAUCCUUAUCAUCAUCUUCAUAAAAUUAUAUCUUUUGCGCGCAUUCUCAUUCACCAAUGGCGUUCACCGUCGCCAUUGGCAGUGGCGUGGCUAUAAUCCCCUGCGGCAACACCACCACCGCAAUUCCUUACACCCGUGGUGGUGGUCACCGAACGAGAAGAAAGCUCCAUCUCCAUGUGGCGCGCGCGAAGAAGCCCCUGAACGGCGACGGCGUUUCCAUUUACACUGAGCUCCUCAAAACCGAAGUUUCCGUUUUCGAAAAUAAGCCCCUUGGCGACAACGAUGCCGCUUUGAAGUUCGUAGAGAAGAUAGACCGUCAAUUUCAAUACCCCGAUUUCUGGGAAGGAUCCCAGUGGGACUGGUUAGGCAUCUUCGUCAAGUUUUCCCCAAUCAUUGGCGUCGCUGUUGCGGCAUGUCUUGCUAUCUACGGUUGCUUUACAUUUCAUGAACCACCAAAAGAAAUGAGGGAGGCUGCUGAAAGGCUGUAUUCUGUGCAGUCCGGCGUGGAGUCUAGUGCAGAGUCCGGUUUGGAGUCUAGUGCAGAUUCCAGUGUGGAGUCCGGUAAAGUUAUUGAAGAGCCUGAUGCAUAUGACUCAGAUGUUUUUGAUUCCAAUCCAACAGAGGUAGCACCUAGUUUGGAGUAGACUCUCCCUAGAUACACUGCAAAUAUACCUUAUUUUUAGCAUUUAAACCCAGGUGAAUGGAUUCAAACCUUUACUGCAAUUAAUUUUUAAGGCAAUGCUUCUGGUUACAUGUAAACCCUCUUAAAGUGUAUCAAUUUUGAGACAGAUCAAGGGAAUUAGUUGUAUGUGUAAAUGUAUGGUAGUUAUUCGUUGCCCUGCAUCUGAUUACUCAUAUGUUGUCGUCAAUCUUGUAUAUCUGUUCUAGAUCAGAACUACUGAAAUAGAAUCUUUUACAUACA